GACCUUGUUGGGAGUGGAGUGUCCGUUCAUCUGCAGCCAUGGUGGCGUACUGGCGGCAGGCCGGACUCAGCUACAUCCGGUACUCCCAGAUCUGCGCUCAGGUUGUCAGAGCGGCGAUGAAGCCUCAGUACAAAGCUGAGGCGGAGAGGGCGGCAACGGCGUCCGUGAAGAUUGUGAAGACCAAGAAGGAGUAGCGGGGAGGUGCUGCAGCAGCGCAGUGUAAACUGCUCUGUGAAUGGUGAACAGCAAACUGCAAGCCGUAGGCAAGCUCAAGACUGCAGUGUAACAUCAACAUGUUAACUGUAAAAUUUUCCCCAUGUAUAUAAAUCAGCAUGCUAAUAAAUUUCAUUGCUGAAUAAACAAA